AUGAACUUGUGGAAUGUGGCUGAUAAAAACAAUAGAGGUAUGUUACAAAUGCUGCUACUCGUUACAAAUAAUGUUCAGUGUGCUCAACAGCAGACUCAUCAGGGUUUGAGAAGUAUGUUACAAAUAAUGUUGGGUAAUGCUAAUAGUCUCUGCUCUGCAACAUGCCAUUGGAUAGAAUUAUAUAUUUCUCACUUGUUAUACAUCAGGCCAUUCACAGUGGGGUUAGAAAGCAUGUACAGUUUGGCACAGAAAAGCAUUCAAUUGAAACCAAUGGCCUCUGCACAUAAGUUGAUGGGGCUUAUAAUUGAAAUUCUUGGGGAAAAUACUGAGGUUGUUUUAGCAGAAUGCUUGAAAGGAUUUGGUCCUUGGAUGGUUGCCCAUGCCAUAGAGUUGUUGACUGCUGGGACUGACUAUGCAUAA